AUGAUUAGCUCCGAUUUGAUUGAUGAUGCUACCAACAAGAUCAUAAUUAUUAGAGAAAGGCUACAAGCAAUACAAGAUAGGCAGAAGUACUAUGAUGCUAAGCAACGCUUUGUGAUAUUCAAUGUGGGAGAUUUUAUUUUCAAUAAGAUCAUUCCCAUGAAGGGUAUACAACACUUUGGCAAAACUGGAUAUCUUAGUCCUUAUUACAUUGGACCUUCUAAGAUUGUGAAAAGGAUUGGAAAUGUGGCUUACAGAUUGGCCUUGCCAGCUAAUAUAUAUUUUGUAUACAAUGUGCUACAUAUUUCUUCCCUAAGGAAAUUUAUAUCAGAUGAUCUGUCUAAGAUCAUAACAGAAACUAUAGACAUACAACUAGAUCUUACUUAUGUUGAAGAGUCAGAUCAUAUUUUGGAGUAUAGUGUGAAACAACUCCGAAGCAGAGACAUACCUUUUGUUAAGGUUCUAUGGAAGCAUGGAUCUGAGAGGCACCCUACAAGAGAGAAAGAAUCAGAAAUAAGUAAAUGCUAUCCUCAUCUCUUUGAUUAA